GGAGAAACUUCCCUACAUCCGAGGACAGGAAACAUCAGCCUUCAUCUGCCCUGGGAGCGAAGCGCAGCUAGCGUCAGAUCUUCCCCGGAUUCUCCACAUCGUGUCCGUGUGGAGCGGUGUGCCAGCAGGCAUGGCCUUUCUGGGCGCCAUAGCGUUUGUGUGUUUCGCGUCGUCGCUGGUGUCAUCGCUGCAUCAGAUCAAGCAGCACCUGAAGCACUUCCACCAGCCGGAGUUCCAGCUGCACGUCUGCAGGAUACUGCUCAUGGUGCCGGUGAGAUGGUGAUGUGCGCAUGGGCAUGGAAGGCAGAACGAGCCCAGACACGUAUGGCUGGCGGCUUUGCGUCUGCGUGUGUGUUCAGAUCUAUUCAUUUCAGUCGUACCUGUCAUUCCUGUUCCCGCGCUAUGCCGUCUUCUUCGAUACCGUUAGAGACUGGUAGGCCACAAGCACUCCGAGCUGCUCAUCUGCUUUGUCUAUGUGUGUGUGUGUGUGUGUGUGUGUGUGUGUCAGCUAUGAGGCGUACGUGGUGAACAUCUUCUUUCAGCUUCUUGUACAGUACCUGGGAGGCGAAAACGUCAUCGUACUGCACUUCGAAAUGAAGGUAGGUACAUCACUCAACCAUACACUCGUGCAUCCAUCUGCGCGUGAAUGUGCUGCGUCAGGGCCGCAUCCGGCAUCCAUGGCCGAUUCGGAAGUUCAUACCGCCAAUCAGCACCAACAGGUAAGUGUGCAGCGAUGACACCAUGGCACACACACCAUGGCCGCCGCCCAACCGUGCUUCGUGUGUCGGGCCAGGCGAUUCUUUCGCAAUGUCAAGAAGGGCGUGCUGCAGUUCGCAAUCAUCAAACCGGCAGCAUCGGUCAGUGCUCAAUGGAUGUCAGCACACGCACGGCCCUAUCGAUGGGUGUACGUGUGCAGAUCCUGGGAUUGGUGCUGGAGGUGUUUGAUCUGUAUGAGGGCGGCAAGUUCAAGCUGCAGAAGGGCUUCCUCUACCUCGCCAUACUCAUGAAUUUCUCUGUUUGGGUAUGUGUGUGAGUGAGUGAGUCUCCAUCGGCUCACGAGUGCAUAUAUGGUGUCCGUUGUGUCGCCUUGAUUGGACGCAGACGGCCAUGUACUCAUUGAUCCUGUUUUACAUGGCCACUGAGGAUCGGCUGGCGCCCUUUCGUCCACUGGCCAAGUUCCUGUGCAUCAAAGCCAUCAUAUUCUUCUCUUUCUGGUGUGCACGUCGUUGACACAACCUGCUCGUAAUUGGUAUCUACCCGUCCGUGUGUUUCGUGUGGGUUGUGUGGUUGUUCAGGCAGUCGUUGCUGCUGGCCUUCCUGGUGCAGUCGGGUGUAAUCGGUGACCUCACAUCGAUGGGACUCGAUGCACACCACAACGCACAAAGAAUAGAGGUGCUUCAGUCGCCACACACGUGCUGGCAUGGCAACAGAUGCAUGUGUGUGUAUUGGAUUGGAUGUGUCGGGAUGUGUGUGUGUGUGUGUGUGUGUGUGUAGGAUUUCUUGGUGUUGCUGGAGAUGGUCGGUUUUGCGAUAGCGCACAGCUACGCCUUUUCGUACCGCGACUUCGCCGACCCCGACAGGCGGCACAACAGACCGCUGCUCCACAACCUACAAAAGGUCAAAUGCCCCACCCACAUACAGGAGAUGAGUACACUGCAUGUAUGCAUCUGAUGCAGGUGUUGAAUGUUGAGGACGUGUUGAAGGAUGCCCACCAGACCUUCUGGACCAAAGGGGACAAAAGGGAACUGCCACUCAAAGUACGACAGACAGACAGAGUGACAACGAGAAUGGGAAUGUCGUGUUGUUCCUCAAUCCCUGGAUAUGCCAUCCAUUCGUCCACCGAUCAGGACCUGAAGAGCGCCCACAAAAUCGACGCAUCAUCCGACAGCGACGAGGUGCGGCCGACCAAGCCGAACAUCCAACCAUUGAUUGCACUGAUGUAUGCGUGUUGUGUGUCCGCAGGAGGACGAGCUUGAGUUGCUGAUAGCGCAGGAUGCGCACAGCAGUGUAUCACUCAUGAGGAACCAAGACUCACUCUGACACACGGGCCGGCUGAGGAUGGGCGCGCUGGGUGGGUGGUGCUGUGUCGUUGCUGUGUACAGGGAGGGAGGACGGAAGGUCAGUAUGUAAGUCGUGUCCUUGUGUGGUUGGUGGCACUGCCCGCCGAGCAGCCAGCCGGUGAAGGUGUGUGUGAGGGCGGGUGGGCGUCCGAGUGUGGAUAUUCUUCUCUACGAUGUUUGUGUGUACAUCUCUAAUGAAUGGACGUGACGAAUUGCAUGGGACCAUUACGCGUAUAUAUGUCAUGUCUUAUUGUCAAUGUCGUUCUUUA